GGAAGAUCCGGAGCGAGAUCUUUGAUCCCUUUUGAACCCCGCGUUCUACCCCGAGUCCUCUCUAUUUCUCAUUGAGACCAAGCUCCGUCUGAACCUCAGCAGAGUAAGGUAGAACGCGAGCGGACGCCAAGAGAGAGGAAGGGAGUCGGAAAUGGCGACGGCGUUCGAGCACCCGUACGUGCCGAGGGAACUCCAUCUCCCGGGUUACGUCCCGUGCUUCCUCUCCCAGAAGGACAUCCUCGUGCCCUACCUUGGCACCUCCCUUGUCGGCGUCGCCCUCCUCUGGCUCUUUUCCGGGCGACUGUCAAAGAUAUCAAAGACUGAUAGGUUGCUUAUGUGCUGGUGGGCAUUUACGGGUCUGACUCACAUUAUCCUUGAGGGCUAUUUUGCUUUUUCCCCAGGGUUUUACAAGGAGAAAACUCCGCACUUUUUGGCUGAAGUCUGGAAGGAAUAUAGCAAAGGUGACUCCAGAUAUGCAGCGAGAGAUGCUGGAGUGGUUACUGUUGAAGGGAUCACUGCUGUCAUAGAGGGUCCAGCUAGCCUUCUCGCUGUGUACGCAAUUGCAUCAAGGAAACCGUACAGUUACAUUCUUCAAUUUGCGAUAUGUCUUGGCCAGCUUUAUGGAUGUUUGGUUUACUUCAUAACUGCAUUAUUAGAGGGUGACAACUUCUCGACAAGCCUGUAUUACUAUUGGGCAUACUACAUCGGAGCAAACAGCUCUUGGGUUAUCAUACCGACACUCAUUGCAAUCAGGAGUUGGAAUAAGAUUAAUGCAGCAUUUAAAGUUGAGAAGAAGACAAAGCCUCUUUGAGGAACCACUGCUCGGGUCUUGGGGAGGAGAAAAUUCCAAACUUCCAGUGAAUGUAAUGACCUUAUUUAUGGUUCAUGCUCUUUGUGGAACUAGAUUUCAUUGACUGAAACUCUUGCAUUAAUGUGGUAGGGAUUCUUGUUUGGUGAUUUACAGGCCACUGGAAGCUUUGUUGUUCAAAUUUACCAAGCAUUGCAUAAGAUUCGAAGCAUGUGACAUUAAUAAUAUUAUGGCAUUAGGAAAUUUGCCAUCUGAUGAUGACCAUUUGAGGAAUGAAUGUUACUGCAGUAUCUUUCCUUCACAA